AUGGACGUUGAGAACUCCCGUGUACGAUGCCGAUUCGACAGCCCCGGGCAGUUGCAGCAGCAGUUCCAGCUGUGCCCGUACCUCGGCUCGGCACCAUCUGCCGCCGAUUCGGGUUCGUGGCCCCCAGAAUCGCUGAAACUGGUUAAUGCCAAGACCUUUAACAACCGCCCACUGAAAGACGGAGACUUGAUCUGCCUUCUCGCUCGCUCGGGAUGCUUCCUUGGAGUCUGCAGCUCACAGGUUGGAGAAGGCACGUACAUAUCGUCGGGUCCCUCCAUGGGCAGACAAUGGGUGAGGGCGGACUUUCCUGACGGCGCCUCGCCGCAAUGUGCCUUCGUUCUUCGGACUUCAGGAGCCGGCUGCCAGGUCCUGGAUCGAUGCGAGAUUACACUUCAGAACCUCGCCUCUUCACAGGUGAUGGGGCACUGUGACGGGGAAGCGAACCCCCACAGCCUCGUCUCCACCGCGCUGAAGUUCGACCGGAGUGUGGUAGACUGCCGGCUUUUCGUCGAGAAGGUCCCCUUAAAGAUCCGGAAGCCGCUCCGCGAGGCAUCCGUGCCGUCCACCCAGCAGUCCAUCGCCUCCGUUUCGCGGGAAGCGUCGACAUGGUUAGUUGACGGUGUGGACCUGAAGCCCGUCGCCAUGGCAUUGAGCAGAUCCUUCAAGCCUCUGCGGAGCUUGCCAAGAUGCUGGGAGCUUGUUGCAUUGGCCCUACCCAUCUACUACAAGCACGUGGCACGUGGUCGUGGUCGCCGCAAAGCAGCUCCGGGGCAUUUUCUAACGAGUCCACCGUACACGCUUGUGGAACAUCAAGAUCGAGCUUUUCGUGUAGUGGCCGACAUGGCAGCGACCAGUGAAUCAAGUCCAGGCUGCCUGGUGUUGGUGGAUGGAAUACCCUUCCUCCUCUCAGAUGCAGAAAUCGCCAAGCUGGACACGAAGAGCAAAGCUCGGCACCAGAAAGCCCGCACUGAUACCGUUGUCGUAUACAGAAGCUCAGAUGGCUCGGAUGUCCCUGUACUGCUGAUUGAUGGCGAGUACUUUGCUGCCGCCGGAAUUGGUGGUGGCCACAGCCUGCUGACCACGGCACCUAGCGGCAUUGUCGCGCUUCUCUGCAGGCUACCGAGAUCUCUAGUCAAAGAUAAGAAGCAGGAGAUUUGGGCAGGACGCCCGCGCUAUGGCCAGUGCGCCGCAUAUGUGGUCAGCAUCGACGUCGGUUCCGUGCGCAACCGAGGGCUCAAGCUAGAGCAAGCAGUGUCUUCCAAAAUGGUGUCUGCAGAAUGCCAGUGUGGGCCGAUGCUUCGUCUUGCCAUCACUUCGAGGAUACAGAGAGUACAGCUGCAGUUAGAGCCGAAGAUUUUUAAUGUUUUCGGCUUGGCCGAAGUUGCUGUGUGUCUGGUGAUGAUGGAUCACUCCAUCAUAGGCCAGGAUGGUUGGAGGAUGCUGGGAUAUACCUUGGUGACCGUCCGGCAGCGGCGUGGUGCGGAAGCCCUCUUGGCAUCUGCUGCACGCCUCGUGGUUGAACUGGGCAGCUGGGAAGAGCAGCUGCCAGUGGCACAUGCCUCUUCCGCACGCGAGCUUGUCCACGAGGCAAAGGACGAUGUGAUGCGGCUGAUCACAGAGGAGCUCUCAAAGCCCGGCUUCUCUGACCACGAGCUGUCCUUCUUUAAGGGAGAGCUUGGGAAACUAAGUGGUUCCAAAGCCGAGCCACGGGAGGAUGGCAUGGAGGCCUCUGAGGUCGCGGCCAUUCCCUUGACGUCGCUGGCGUCUGCGGAGACUGCCGAAGCGCCGGGCAUCGCCGAACUCCGAAGGCAGCUCUCUGAAAGGGUGGAGGCGCUGCUUGUUCGCCUGCGCCAGGGAUCCUCGACUCGCUCCACCGGAUCGUGA